CGGCGUGCAGCCAUUUCCGGUUUCGGGGAGGUUGGAGGGGUGCGGAGCGGGACUUGGAGCCGCUGCCGCCUCGGCCGCCGCUUACGGAUACUGCCUUGCGCCUAGUGCUGCCGGGACGAUGCGGACGGAGCCCGGAGGCUGCUGCUGCCGUCGCCCGGUGCGGGCGAACGACUGUGUGGCGAACGGGGAGGUGCGCAACGGGUACGUGAGGAGCAGCGCCGCUACUGCCGCAGCCGCUGCCAGCCAGAUACAUCAUGUUACACAAAAUGGAGGACUAUAUAAAAGACCAUUUAAUGAAGGUUUUGAAGAGACACCAAUGCUGGUCGCUGUGCUUACUUACGUGGGGUAUGGUGUCCUCACUCUCUUUGGAUAUCUUCGAGAUUUCUUAAGGCAUUGGAGAAUUGAAAAGUGUCACCAUGCAACAGAAAGAGAAGAACAAAAGGACUUUGUGUCAUUGUAUCAGGAUUUCGAAAACUUCUAUACAAGGAACCUCUACAUGAGGAUUAGAGACAACUGGAAUCGGCCCAUCUGCAGUGUGCCUGGGGCCAGGGUGGACAUCAUGGAGAGACAGUCUCAUGAUUACAACUGGUCAUUCAAGUACACAGGGAAUGUAAUUAAAGAUGUUAUAAACAUGGGUUCCUACAACUAUCUUGGGUUUGCACGGAAUACUGGACCAUGUCAAGAGGCAGCUGCCAAAGUCCUGGAGGAAUAUGGAGUUGGAGUGUGCAGCACUCGGCAGGAAAUUGGAAACCUGGACAAGCAUGAAGAACUAGAGAAGCUUGUGGCAAGUUUCUUGGGAGUGGAAGCUGCUAUGACAUAUGGCAUGGGAUUUGCAACAAACUCAAUGAACAUUCCUGCUCUUGUUAGCAAAGGUUGCCUGAUUCUGAGUGAUGAACUGAACCAUGCAUCACUGGUUCUAGGAGCCAGACUCUCAGGAGCAACUAUUCGAGUCUUCAAACACAACAAUAUGCAAAGCCUAGAGAAGUUGUUGAAAGAUGCCAUUGUUUAUGGUCAGCCUCGGACACGAAGGCCCUGGAAGAAAAUCCUAAUCCUUGUGGAGGGAAUAUAUAGCAUGGAGGGAUCUAUUGUUCGCCUUCCUGAAGUGAUUGCCCUUAAGAAGAAGUACAAGGCAUACUUGUAUCUAGAUGAGGCUCACAGCAUUGGGGCUCUGGGCCCUACAGGGCGAGGUGUGGUGGAUUACUUUGGCCUGGAUCCUGAGGAUGUGGACAUUAUGAUGGGAACAUUCACAAAGAGCUUUGGUGCUUCUGGAGGAUACAUUGGAGGCAAGAAGGAGCUGAUCGACUAUCUGCGGACACAUUCUCAUAGCGCAGUGUACGCCACAUCGCCGUCACCACCUGUUGUGGAGCAGAUCGUCACUUCUAUGAAGUGCAUCAUGGGGCAGGAUGGCACCACCCUUGGCAAAGAGUGUAUACAGCAGUUAGCUGAAAACGUCAGAUAUUUCAGGAGACGUCUGAAAAAUAUGGGCUUCAUCAUCUAUGGAAAUGAAGAUUCUCCAGUGGUGCCUCUGAUGCUCUACAUGCCAGCCAAAAUUGGCGCCUUUGGACGGGAGAUGCUAAAGCGGAAUAUCGGUGUAGUUGUGGUAGGAUUUCCUGCUACCCCAAUCAUUGAGUCCAGAGCCAGGUUUUGCCUGUCGGCAGCUCAUACCAAAGAAAUGCUUGAUACUGCUUUAAAGGAGAUAGAUGAAGUCGGGGACCUAUUGCACCUGAAGUAUUCCCGUCAUCGGUCAGUACCUCUGUUGGACAGGCCCUUUGAUGAGACUACAUAUGAAGAAACAGAAGACUGAGCCUUUUGGUGCUCCCCUAAAGGAACUCUCCCUCACCCAGGAGAGUGUGUGGCCUUUCCAGUCCAGUUGCAGGAACCACACUUCUUGUGCAAGAGAUUUCCUCAACUACUGAUGGCGGCCACCUCCACUCUAAAUGAUAUUUUGUAAAUAGUGAAAAACUGCUUCACAUCCUUCCUUUGCUACAUCACCUUUAAAAAAAGAGGUGACUCACUUUGCGUUUUUGUCCAUUAAAAAAAUGUUUUAUUUUAUAACUAUUCUACUUGUGAAAUCACACUGACCCUACCCUGUCUCUGGCUAACCACGCAGGCCAUUUUCCUCUCACAGACGUGGGCCCAUCCAAAGCUCCUGCUGGCCCUGGCACUACAGCCUCGAGACUCACCUGGCCCUCCUUCCUGGGGAGCAAGUGCCUUCCACUUACUUCCGGUCCAGAUCUCAGAGGUGGCCAGCCUUGGAAUCCUUGUUUAACCAGUCACGUAAUCACCCAAAGCGUUUUAAUGUGUCUUAAGUUUAGCCAUUUAAGAAAAGUAGUAAACACUAACAUUGCUGAAACUCCCCCUCAUUGUAUAUCCCUCCCUGGCCAGGAGCCUCCAAGGCUUGGUCUUAUUCCAUUUUGUUCUGGUCACCAGAUGAUAUCUUACUUCACCAUCAAAUGUUUCUUCGUAGUGGUCACCAUCUGAGGGUAUGUCCAGUUUCUGGGUUCUUCCCAAGCUGGAAUCUAACACUCCCACCCCCUGGUUAAAACACUUAAAUGGUUUUAAAAGCACCCACAUCCCAUCCCCUGUUUAAAACACUUAAAUGGUUUUAAAAGCACCCACAUCCUACCCUGGUCAGACCUCGGUGCUGAAGCCGACUCACACCUCACUCUUCUGUGUACAAAGCUGCUCCACAGAGUGAUAGGCCCUCCUGCUCGGGUGAGAGGGCAGGGGUGGUGGGGAAAGGGUUGACUGCUCCUUGUAGAAUGUCUGUGGUUUCCUUCUUACUGCUUUCUACUUUUCAAAAUUAUGACAGCCAAAAAAAAAAAAAAAAAAAUUAUGACAGCGUCUGCCUGGGUUUGGGUCCAUGUUAGGAUUUCAACUGAUAAAGGAGAAUGUUGGUAAAUCCUCCGCUCAGAAAUCAUUUGUCAUGUUCCUAAUAUAAGGAUUAAAGUUUAUUAACUUACCCUUUUUAGAAGAUGACCCAUUUAAAUAUCACUCUGAGUGCUAUUUCUCUUUUAUUCUUGAUGUCCUAAUGCAGUUCUAACCUGGCAUCUGGGGCUUUGAGGGGCUCCAUCUCCUUCCAUUACCCCUUAUUUUUUCCCUGAGAAAUUCUGAACACUUAUUUUGACUCUGUUUGCAUACCAAGUAAGGGGAUUUCUUUCAGCGAGCUUUAUACUGCUUGACCAAAGAGCAAAUCUGAAAAUCACCAUGUUAAAGUUCUUACUUUCUUCUGUUGACCAAAGCUUAAGUGAAGAGAACUUUUGACUGUUUUUAUACCCAAGAUCAGCUUGUCUUUUAGUAGCCAUCAAGUAUUAUAGGGGAAGGAUUGGGAACAGAAUGGAAAAACAUUGUGUGAAAGUAGUUUUGUACAUCUCUCUUUUUGAAAUCACUCCUUUUAUUUGUAAAAAUUUUCAGUCCAAAUUCUCCUGGGCAUCUUGUCAUCAGCUGUGGUAUUUUUGUGCAGAUACAUGUAGUGGAGGAUGUAAGCAAUGCUAUUGUUUGUGAAGUUUUGUUUUCAUGUCUUAAGUUAUCUUUGGUCACUCUCAGCAUCUGAGAGCCUUAAGCCCUUGAAAUAUUCCAAGGUUUUAUUUUAAUUUUUUAAAGAAUAGAAAAAAGUGAAAAGAACCAAGUAGAGAUGCAGGGACUGCAUUUAGCAUGUACAAGUUGAAGUAAAAAAGAUUGUGGUAACUAAGUAAUUAGUCCUGUAAAAUAAAAUACAUUACUAACCUUUCCUGCACAUCUAGGUCCUCACCAUAGAACCCCAUUAGAACCAGGGAGCUUUUGCCACUGCAGUUACUAUUUGGUGAUGUAGGGUUUGCAGAAGUCACAAACUUAAAGCAAUGAACUUAAUGGCCAGUCUUUUAUUUUGGCUUGCAUGAAGUCACUGCAACUUAAAAUGUCAGUUAAUAUGGGCAUUUAAAUAUAUAUAUAUAUCACUUUGCUAUGCAGUUAUUUCAGGAUAAAUGCAGUUAAGUUACAGAUUUAUUUUGAAGAGAGAAAACUCCUGUGAUCUCUCUAGGACCUCUACUUUCUAGAGGACAAAACAUUACACACACUGGUUGUCUCUUCUUGAAACUGUAAUAUAAAUCUAGGGUCCAGUCAUAUCACAAAUAUCAUUACUUAACCAAGCACUUGGGGAAACACAAGUGUAUAUAAAUACUGUCAUUGGGAAUGAGUAGAAAUCUGGGACAAAUAAGUAUUGUUUAGUACAUGGUUUAACACAGCCUACUUCAAGAGUCUGAUGGGAUUCAAGCAGGCAUCAGCUAACCAUUACUACCAAGGCUGAUCAUCAGAGUUAGUUGAUAGAGGUGUGACUAAUCCUUAUUACUUUUUCUUAUCCCUCUUUUUAUUUAGCUUUGUCUUCAUUUCAGGUUUAUACGACCUUUUUCUGCAGAUCGCAUCAGAAACCAGGAAGUUUAUAACUAGGGCACAUCAAAAUCACACCCAAAGAAUGGAUCAAGUGGCAGUGGGAGAGGCAGAUUCUCCUCCCAUCUUUAUUUUAAAAGCCUUACCAUAGAAUAUGGCGUACGUUCUAGAGCAUUGAAAGAGAAUGUUCAGGGGCAGGGUCUUUGAAGCACUAAACUUUUCACUUUGCUUUGUAAAAUUUUUUCCCUUUAAAAAAACAUUCUGGUCUCCAGAGCCCAGAGUACUGUUUGCUUGUUUGAAGAACUUCUCGUCACUAUCUUAAACUUCCGUGAUAGGGUGAGGAUUUCAAAUAGUCAGACACCCCUCUUCCUCAUGUAGUAAUGGAAGGUGAACAGAAAUAACCCAACACAACUACUAAGGGCUGCAUGUUUGCCUGAUGCCCUUUCAGAGGCCAAGGCCCUAUUUCUUCCCCCAUGUGCCUCUUUCCAAAUUGAUGAGGAUCUCUGGCCCCUUGUCAUACUGGAUUGGGCAGCAGCACUUCUAGUCAUAGGCAGUGAAGAAAGAGAAUUUGGGUUCUUGUUUUGUAUGAAUUUGUGGCAAAACCACCUAGAAAAGGUUAAAUACAAUUGACUAUCUCCUGGUUCUCUCUCUCUCUCUCUCUCUCUUUUUUUUUUGGCUGUGCCACGGGUCAUGCAAGAUCCUAGUUCCCCGACCACGGAUCAAACCGCGCCCCCUGCAGUGGAAGCGUGGCGUCUUAACCACUGAACUGCCAGGGAGGUCCCUCCUGGUUCUCUUGUAUAAAGAAUUGCUGUGCCCUAAUUCCCAGGGUGUCUUUCCUGGUGUUCUAGGUAAGCCAGAAUAGGUUUUAAUCUGUCCUUGCUAUAACCCAUGUGGUUAGAAAAAAUGGGAAAGUUGUGGUUUUCCUUCUGUCCACUUUCAUGAAGGUCAAGAACUGUUGAGCACUUCACGCAGGUAAAAUCAUCUUAGCCCAAAGGAGUUAUGAAGGGGGAGUUACGAAAAUCAAAGGAUUCUUCUUGGCUGUUGAGCAGCUGUUUGCUUAAUCCGUUAAGCCAGUUAAUUAAAACACCUUCCACGUAAAGAAAAGCUUGUCCAUUCUCUCUUCAGCUUUAUCCACAUGAAAUGCAGUGUUCAUGCUCCUAGCCAUUUGCCAUGUGCCCAGAUAGCUGGGUUAGAAGGCUGGCUUCCUCCCUUAUCAUACAGAGGAAAUGCCAGGACUAGCCAGUGAUCCCUUUGCUUUUAAUGUGUAGUAAAUGCUGUUGCCCCUUUUGUCAUUUCUAGUGACUUCUGUUUUCUAAGCACCUUUUGCUAUAGAUUGAGCCUUUUCUAGGGAGGAAACCGAAGGGGCUAGCUCGAGCCCUUAUCGGAAUUGUUUAUUCUAAUGUCUCUGCUGAGUCUGAGGUAUCACAUUCCCAGUCAUCCUUGGGACUGACUUGGGGAAGCUGUGGGCAAGGUCUUAUUUACUGUGUAGUACACAUGAUAAAUGGCCUUAUAAACGGCUUUUUUGUGGUAUGAUGAGUUUAUUAAACCGACCAUAAAGAAUUCAGUGGCUCUUAAACUGCCUUUACUGUGUUUUUAAUGAAGCACACCCAAAGCUCUGUUCUUUUGCAGCAGCUAUGGGGAGGUUGAAUGAAAGGUAAAAAUUAGAGCAGUGCCCUGAUGUGCCAAGUGUCCUGCCUUGUUGCUGUCUGCGUGGAUAGUGGAUCCUUCCAUACAAGGAGCCUUGAGCCCACUCAGUGUCUGCUUUUUCCAACACAGUUCCCGAGUUUCUUGUGCAAAGCUUUGUCAUUUGGCCCAGGCCUUCCAAGGAAGUGUGGGACAUAUCACUGACUAGGGUGGAGUGGUGACUUGUCUUCACCCUUGAUGUUAGGUCUUGUUACCUCAGUGGUGUUCAUGGUUGGAACGAUAAAAAGCAUCCUUGAUGGUUCUUCACAGGAUACUAGUGAGAUCACCACGUCAGCCAGCAUGCCCACAGUCUUGAUGAUCCCUCUCGGGAUAAAGGUAGCUAACAUUAAGAGAAGGGGGAAAGAGAUAAAAUAAGAAUAGAGAAAUAGCUUAUGGAGAGCCGAGAUCUUAUUUUGUUGGCCCAUGUUUUUUCAUUCCUGUAAACUGGAAUUUGCAAGAGGUGCUGUGAUAACCCUUCCCCAGUCCUGUAAUGCUCGUAUAAUCUAAGAAAGAGAAGGGGAAAUAUAAAUAAAACUUUUUAAAAUUUAGUAUUGUGUUAAAAUGUCACUCUCUCCCUUACCCACACCCGCCCCCCGUCUCCCUUUUUUGCCAGAUGAUUUUUCGUUGCUGUUGUUGUUGGAUGACUGUCAAGCUAUAAAUGAUGGGUUGAGGGAGGUGUAUCCAUUUUGAGAGUGCCUGUUAAGAGCUGAAGGGGAACUACUUGAGAUGACUUAAGAAUCAUCCCAUGAAAUUUAUUGUUUUGCUCCAAUAAAAUACUCUGAAAGCUG